ACCGAUCGACGCCUCACUGCCAACAUCGUCACCAACCCUUCCACUUUAAAUCCAUGCAAACCGCCCUCAUCCUUGUCGCCAAGCAGACUGCGCUCGCGCUAGCACCGCGCGUUAUGUCCAUGACCCCAGCUCUUCAGGUCGCCGUCAAGAGCACGCAGCGUACACUAACCACGCAAGCGCAGGAGAACCGACGCCCCGUUCUUUUCCGUAAGGACGACGAGAAGGAAAUGCGCAAGCUGUUGCGAAAGUUGCAUCUGCAGGCAUGCUACAAUGACAAGACCGGUUUCCGCAACCAGGUCGAGCACGAUAAGCAAACCCUCGGCGAGAUACCGGGUCUCGUGCCUGGAGUGGACCUGACGCAGGAGCAAGUGGAUGCACUUCUGAACUGGAAGCACCUGCACUAAGGUGACGAGGACUCAUGACCUUCGCGAAGGACGGGGGAAGACUGGUGUUCUCUAGCUCUUGACUUUGCAAGGAGUCACGUCAGCUUCAGCGCCUCAGUCAUCGCCUGCCUUCCCAAACUCCGAUCGGGUUCACCUUCGGCCCCGAGCGGCAGCGUUGUAGUUCCAGGGCCUCGCCUGCACGUACGUGUCCACACAUCUCCGCUCUCCUCGCGACGCGGACCCCAACGACGAUGCUUUACGUCUGGUAGCAGCAUCCUACAACUGAUUUUGGCAGUGACCCAUCAUCUUGUAGCUUUUUUCGAUCUAGCUGAUCGACUCGGAAAUCAAUAGAUUUUCAGCAUGACCGCGAAA